AUGCCGAUCAUAUAUGCUGCCGCGACCGUCUAUGUUAAUCCCUCUGGCGAGACACCAGUCCUUAAUCUCGAGCAGGUAUGGAAGGGAUUGGAGCUAAAGGCUCGCAAACCACAACUUUUUCUCCCGGUGAUAGAUACUUGCAAAGUUCUCUCCGAUGAGAACGAAACAGUUGUUCGCGAGGUCAAAUUCAAAGCGGGUGGUCCCUCUGAUAAACCCGUUAUCGAAACAAUAACUCACUAUCCCCCAAUCAACCCCGAAGCCAAAUCCGGCCUCGAAACCUUUCAGAUCAAAGACACGAAUAGCAAAGUCUUGAACAUUGUCAGUGAAGGGCCAGAAGGGGAACUCAUGUUGACCUUUACAUUCGAAUGGGAACACAAGGAAAUUGAGAAGGGAAGUGAAGAAGAAAGGGUGAAGCAGAAAGCGUAUCAGGGGAUGGCAUCGAAAGGGGCGACGGGUACGGUUAAGGCUAUUCGAGAGAUGGUGAAGAAGGGUGAGUUGUGA